GAACGCAUCAACGUACUAAACUUCCACAUUCUCGAAGGGAUUUUAACCGGAGAGGCUUUCAUGGUCUCUCGCUCGUUAUCACGUUGUUAUAACAUUUUGGAUUAUAUUUUGUAGGAACUCGCCACCAUCUCCGCCGGUAACGCCUCCUGUAGCCUGUUUCAAAGUACAACCGGCUGUUAGCUAACAGCUCAGGUGAGAGUUCACCGGGUCGAAGGACGUUUUACCAGCUGGACGACAUCUCAUUCGGUUGCAGGUGGACUUCCACACGCUCGUCUACUUUCUGUUGUUUUUUGUUUUUGUUUCGGGGAGACCACAUUUGCUGUCAAGGUGUUUUUAAAGAAGCGUCCGAAAAUGAGUCGAAGAAGUGAAACCGCCGAGAAAACGUCUGCAGCUUCGGUUUCCUCGCCGGCUACCAUCGCAUUAGACCACGGACAGAGGACGAAAAUCAUUUAUGUCACGUAUAUCAUCGCUACUUUGGACAUCACAUGGAUGUUUUUGCAGUUUUCUGUCACCCCUUAUUUGGCAAAGAAACUUGGCUUCGACACCUUGUGGUUUGGCUACUUGCAGACCACGGUCGGAGUGAUUCAGCUGGUUGGAGGUCCUCUGUUUGGAAGGUUUGGAGAUCUGUUCGGGGCUCGAGCAGCUUUGUCUCUGUCCUGCUCUGCAACCAUCGCCUUCUUCCUGCUGCUGGCUGCAGCAAACCAUCCUGCCAUGCUGUUUAUCCAUAAGCUGCCCACAAUCUUUAUGCACGUCCUCCCUGCCACUCAGAUGGUCGUCACCGACCUUUCAGAACCUGACAAACGGGCCGAUGCUUUGGCCAAGAUGGGUCUGUGUUUUGGCAUCGGGAUGAUAGCCGGGUCCACGCUGGGCGGACAGUUAAUCAAGCACUACGGGGAAACGUUUACUGCAUGUGUUGGUGCUGCAGGGAGCUUCUUCAGUUUGCUGCUGGUUUUACAGUUCAUCCCAAAAACCACUAAAAUUGCAGCUCCUGAAAGCAACACAAAAACCAAUGACAACAAAAACAAAUCGGUGUUCAACAUGGGAGAGAUCACAAGACUGAUGAAGUAUCCAGGAGUGAUGCGAACUUUUCUCAUCAAGAUCUUUGCAGGUUUGCCAUCAGGCGUUUUUCAGGUGAUGUUCUCCAUCAUUGUGUUGGAAUUCUUCAAGCUGGAUCCUGAGCAGAAUGGCUACCUCAUGGCCUACUUUGGCAUCGUCCAAAUGGUUCUUCAGGGAGGAGUGAUUGGACGCCUCACAGCGAGAUACUCUGAGAAUUCGAUGCUGCUUUUGUCAGUUGGAGUUUCUUCUCUUGUGGGACUUGGUCAGGCCUACAUGCAGACUGUGGUCCAGUUGUGCAUUGUCAUCGUCCCGUGGAUGUUUUCUCUCAGUAUGUUUAACGUUAUCACAGAUAGCAUCCUCACCAAUAGCGUACCGUCCGCCGACACAGGCACGAUGCUGGGACUCUGUGCAUCUGUUCAGUCUCUGAUUCGCACAAUCGGACCAACUAUUGGGGGCUUCCUUUACGUGAGCUACGGCAUCAUUUCUAUGGGUCUAAUCCAGUUUUUUGCCAGUUUUGCUGUGUUCUUUUACCUACUGCAGCAACAUCGAAGCAAGCCCGACGAGCGGAGGGAAUGACACCUCUCAGCCUUGUUUUCAUCUCCUAUUUAUCAAAAAAACUUUGCAAAAACAAAAGAUGGGACAGAAAACAGUGUUCUAUUUUUGGCAAUUUUAUGUAUUCAUGUGUUUCCUUCGUUCCUUUGAUUACAUAAUGAGAUCAUUCCAGUUCGUUGGUAAUCAGGGUUUAUGUUCUGGAGUUGAAGUUGUGGUGAAGAUUCAGGAACAAACCACUAGAUGGCAGCAAACCCUCUUUUUAUCCUUCACAACAGAGAAAAAAGUCUUGUCUGCCACUUAAAUUUUCUCAAAUAAAUGCUGGUCCAGACACCAGCAUCCCCACUUGAACAUAGUUAUAUGUAGUUACAAUUAACAUUUAUUAUCGAGGUUUAUUUUCUUAUGAGUUAUUGUUAAAAUAAUUCUAUUUUUGUUUCUGAAUUCAAUUAGAAAGGUAGUAAUCUAUUCCAGACCUCUUUUUGCAUUGAGCAGGUGCACUGAACUUGAGAAUUUUAGCACUUAAAUGCUCUUUUAAAGGCAUUUGUCUCUCAUACAAAUGAAUCUGUGGCAGAAAUGGUGAAAAUGUAAAUAUCAAUGUUAUUUUUAGAAUGUUUCUGCCACUCUGUUGCCAGUGUGGUCCUUCAAAAAGCCAUAUAAUUUGCGAGAGAUUCUUAUGUGAUUGUCCGUCCAUGCAUUUACUCAAUAUUCUAAUGAUCUACAGUGAUGCUAAAACACAUGAUGGCCUUAAACACUACAGUCCCUGACAAAAGUCUUGUCGCUUCUCUUUAAGUUGUAGGAACAACAAAUAACAACUGGACUUGUAGUUGAUCAAAUGGAAUCAGAAAUGGCUCAUAUUAAUGACAAAGCCCUCUAGAUUAUAUUUAUUAUGUCAAAAUAAAGUUUUGUAUCAUUCAUUGAGUUUGAUCAUUUAAUUAGGACAGAAAGGUCAGAUUUUGCUUGGACAAAAGUCUUGUCGCAUGCAAAAAUAAUGUUGAAAUUAUACAUAUAUUUUAUUCUGAAUACACAAAUAUGCUAUAAAAACAUCAGAACAUUAAGUCAUGGUGUCUUGCAAAAAAGAAUUAAUAUUGUGUAUGACUUCCAGAGCUUGGAGGACUGCAUCCAUACAUCUCAUCAAUGACUCAAAUAACUUAUUGAUAAUGUCAUCUUAAAUGGCAAAGAAAACAGUCUUUCAGGGCUCCCAGAGUGCAUCAAGAUUCUUCGGUUUCAUCUUCCAAGCCUUCUCCUUCAUUUUACCCCAGACAUACUCAAUAAUGUUCAUGUCUGGUGACUGAGCUGGCCAAUCCUGGAGCUCCUGGACCUUCUUUGCUUUCAGGAACUUUGAUGUGGAGGCUGAAGUAUGAGAAGGAACGCCAUUCUGCUGCAGAAUUUGCCCUCUCUCAUAGUUUGGGAUGUAAUGGGCAACAAGAAUUUCUUGAUUUUCUUUCACCAAACUUGACUGUUUUCUUGGUGAAUCUUGGGUCAGUGCGGCUUCUGCAGGAUUUGCGUUGAUUGGGAUGCAGUUCAAUGGAUGAUUCAUCAGAAAAAUCAACCUUCUACCACUUUUCUUUGUCCAUCCUUCCUGCAAGCUGUGGACCUUGACAAAAGCAGCACGAUUUUUUGUUGUCUUCAGUUUAAUGCUGGUUUCUAUGCACUAAUUUGACCAUGGAGAACACCGCGUGAGAGAAUUUGACAAACUGUUCUGGUAGAUACAGGGAUUUCUGGCGACCAGUUCACGUGUAACUCUGUUGCAGUUGAAAAAGGGCUGGCCCUGGACUGUUGAAGCAACAAAUGCUCUUCUCUAACAGGUGUCUGCCUGACCUGGGCUUGUCAUAAACGUCACCAGUUUCUUCAAAUCUUUUUCUUAUCUUCUCUACUUGACAUCCGGAUACAUUAAAGCUGUCUGCCACCUCAGCAGCAGACUUGGUCUUCAGGGUCUUGAUGAUCAGCACUUUGGUCUGUGGUUGGAUCUUUGGCAUGCUGUCGGGGUCAGGUUGGGCUUCAUAUGAAGGUCUUGUGUCUUGGGUUUCUUUUUAUACACGCCUGGGAAUGUGUCAGUUACAGUAUUUGUCACAGGUGAACUUCUAAUCUGUGAUUGGUUGAAUCAUUUAAAGACAUGACAAGACUCUUGUCCUUGCAAAAACAGAUGUCAUGGGCUUUAACAAGACGUGAACAUCAGGACACUUUAUGACGGGUUCAAUUUGCACCCAGUUAUUAAUGUGAAAGCCCUUGACAUUAAAAUGAACCAUUUUUUUUGUGAGAACUGAUUGAUUAGAAAUAAAGUUAUAUGCCUUUUAAGGUUACUAUAUCCUUAUGCGACAAGACUUUUAUCAGGGACUGUACAGCAUGUUGUUAAAAAUGAAGCAGCUGUUUUUAGAACAGCAAAAAGGAUGGUGAGAGGUUGUACCCAUAGAACCGGAGAACUAUUAAUGGAACCAUUUCUAUAAAGUCAGUCACUUUAAAAGUGGAGCCAUCCAUCCAGUUGACCAGCUGUAAAACACUGGUUCUAAACAGCCAGCAAAUGUUUACCUUGAUUUUAUAGCAAUUCAGAUCUUUUGUAUUAUUGCCACUGAGAAAUAUAUAUACAGUGCCUAUCAUAAGUAUUCACCCCCUUUGAUGCUUUACCCUUUUAUUGCUUUCAUAAAUCAAUCAUGGUCCAUAAAAUUUGUCUCUCUUAACACAAAGAUUUAUUGGAAAAAAACUCUUUAAUGUCAAAGUGAAAACAGAUUUCUAUAAAGUAAUGUUAAUGAAAGAAAAUUAUAUAAAUAAAAAUAAUUGUUUGCAUAAUUAUUCACCCCCUUUUUAAUUUAAUGGUCUAAUUCAAUAGAGGUCCAUCAAAUUGUUGCCAAUAGUCUCACAAUUAGUGAAAUGAAGAUCACCUGAGUGGUGUGGGUGUGUUUCAAGUGACUGAGUUGUAAAACACCUGUGUCUGAAGGGUCCAGAGAGUGGUUGAUCAGUAUUCCUGGCUACCAUUACACCAUGAAGACAGAAGAACACUCUAAGCAACUCAGGGAAAGGGUUAUUGAGAAGUACAAUUCAGGGGAUGGUUACAAAAAAAUUUCCAAGGCACUGAACAUCCCCCGGAGUUCAGUGAAAUCAAUUAUCAAGAAAUGGAAGGAAUAUGGCACUUGUGUGAAUCUGCCUAGAUCAGGCCGCCCUCGUAAACUGAGUGAGCGUGCAAGUAGGAGACUAGUGAGAGAAGCCACCAAGACCCCUACAACUACUCUGAAGGAGUUACAAGCUUCAGCUGCUGAGAUGGGAGAGACUGUGCAUGUAGCAACUGCUGCCCGGGUUCUUCACCGGUCAAAGCUUUAUGGGAGAGUGGCAAUGAGAAAGCCACUGUUGAAGAAAAGUCAUAUUAGAUCUCGACAAGAGUUUGCCAAAAAGCACGUGGAAGACUCCAUGGUCAAGUGGAAGAAGAUUCUUUGGUCUGAUGAGACCAAAAUUGAGCUUCUUGGCCAUCAGACAAGACGUCAUGUUUGGCGGAAACCAAACACUGCACAUCACCAAAAACACACCAUCCCCACUGUGAAGCAUGGUGGUGGCAGCAUCAUGCUGUGGGGAGGUUUCUCUGCAACUGGACCUGGAAGGCUUGUAAAGAUAGAGGGCAGAAUGAAUGCUGCAAAAUACACUGAAAUCCUGGGGGACAAUCUUUUUCAGUCUGCAAGAGAACUACGUCUUGGGAGAAGAUUUAUUUUCCAGCAAGACAAUGAUCCAAAACAUACCGCAAAAGCUACACAGGAAUGGUUAAAAAAGAACCAGUAAAUGUUCUGGAGUGGCCGAGUCAAAGCCCAGACCUCAAUCCUAUAGAGAAUUUGUGGCUGGACUUGAAAAGGGCUGUUCAUGCCUGAUACCCGCGCAACCUGACAGAGCUUGAGCAGUUUUGCAAAGAAGAAUGGAGCAAAAUUGCAGUGGGCAGAUGUGCAAGACUGAUUGAGACCUAUCGACACAGACUCACUGCUGUGAUUACAGCCAAAGGUGCAUCUACUAAAUACUGACUUGAAGGGGGUCAAUAAUUAUGCAAACAAUUAUUUUUAUUUAUAUAAUUUUCUUUCAUUGACAUUACUUUAUAGAAAUCUGUUUUCACUUUGACAUUAAAGAGUUUUUUCCAAUAAAUUUUUUUGUUGAAAAAGCUAAAUUUUAUUGACCAGGAUUGAUUUAUGAAAGCAAUAAAAGGGUAAAGCAUCAAAGGGGGUGAAUACUUAUGAUAGGCACUGUAUGUAUAAAAAUGCAUCUAUUUUGUAUAUAUAAAUAAAUGAUCUUUUCACAUA